AUGCCUGACCCCUGUGCCCACAACAACGAAACACAGAGCAGAGAGAGAAUGCCUUUCAGCCAUGUGAGGUCGCUAAGCUGCCUGUUAGAUACUUCCGAGGAGAUUUCGGCCGGAGGAGCACCCGCAUGCCGCUCGUUGCGUGCUUGGGUUCGAGGGAGAGGAGACCCCGCGCUAGCCUUGCUGAUUCUUGGGUUUAUUGUAGUUGUUGGUGUGGCGCUGGGAUCGGUGCUUCCAGCUUCUGACGAGCUUCAUGGUCCCUACCGACGGAUCUCGGCCAUCAUUGGGUGGACCUAUUUCUGCAGCUGGAGCGUGUCCUUCUACCCCCAAGUUCUGCUCAACUACCGGAGGAAAACGAGCGUCGGCCUGUCGUUCGACUUCCUCCUCUACAACGUACUGGCCUUUUCGUGCUACUCGGCUUUCACCUGCUCUUUGCAUUGGUCCAAGUUCAUGCAGCGGGCGUACGACAAGCGGCACGCGGGCCAGCCGAACAAGGUGCAGCUGAACGAUGCUGUCUUCGCCUUGCACGCUACCUUCGUGUCCUUCUUCACACUGGCGCAGGUGGUGUACUACGACUGGCGAGAUCGAAAGCAGCGACCCUCCUCCGCCGCGGUGGCAGUCUGCGGCGUCAUCCUGGCGUCUUCCUCGGCCUACGCGGUGUCCGUGUGGGCCGGGCAGACGACACGAGGCAAUGGCAGCGAUAGGGGGCUGCUGAACUGGUUGGACUUUCUGUACUUCCUUUCGUACGUGAAGGUGGUGACAGGAAUCAUCAAGUACGUGCCCCAGGUGAUCCUCAACAUACGGCGGCACUCCACGGCCGGGUGGACUAUCUGGAACGUCAUCCUGGACCUUACCGGAGGCCUCCUCAGCGUUGUUCAGCUGGUGCUCGACUGCUGGAAUACAGGGGACUGGGGGGGCAUCGCGGGUUACCCAGUCAAGUUCGCAAUCGGGUUUGUCAGCGUCUUCUUUGACCUCAUAUUCUUGUUUCAGCACUACGUCUUGUACCCCCAGCCAGGGGCUGUCAUCAAAGUGGAGGGGUUCCUGCCGAGCGGGACGGCGAACGCUCCGCUGUUGCGAGAGGGGGCUCCUGGCGGGGGGGGCGGGGGUUGGUGGAUUGACGAGGAGGAUGAUCGAUCUUCCUCCAGGGAAGAGUGAAAACAAAACUCGAGCACGUACAAGGGCGAGAGUUACUGAGAAGUUACACGGACGGCAGGUGUGUUGUCAUUUCGGCAACGCGAGCCCAGGUGUAUUGGACAGCUGAUGCUUCCGGAGGAAUUUUGAGGGAAGCAACAGAUUUCAGAUUCAAUACGUGGCGGACUCUGCGGUCGCGUGGGUCAUCCUUUCGUUUAAAUGCAACCAAACACCCACCUUGCGCGAAUACACUUUUGUACUGGUCACAUGUCUGGAUGGGGCCUCCGUUUCCUGUUUUUCUGCUUUAAUGUUAAUUUCUCCGGGUCCGAUCGCCUCCCAGUCCGGCUUUUGUGAUGUGUGAUUUCGUUUGUUUCAAGUUUUCUGAUUCUACAAGUGUGCACCCUUCUGUGGGUAGGUUGGCAUGUGAACACGGAAGGCCCGGAUAUUACAAGACACUCCAUGGAGACCGGAACGUUUAUUUUCGUCUGGAUCUUAAGAUUCAUCCGAUUGAUUGGGCCAAUUUAUAUCGCCAAUCCGAAUCGGAAAAUGGAGACGAUGGUUUUAUGGAUGUAAGAAUACAGAUUUUGUAAUUUUUCUCUUCGGUUCGUUGAGGUUCUCUAGGCUCUUCCGAGUCUAACAAACGUGCGUCAGUUGUGGGAGCUGUUGGGCUUGCGAAACGUCACACUGCAGCUGGCAGCCAGCUGUGGGUUGGUCCUGCCGCACCUGCGUUGUUUUUCAUCUUGCAUCACCCCUUGAUGACGCUGUGCUCUCAUGAGCCCACUCCGGAUGGAUCGCUUGUCUUGUCUAUAUUUGUGUUUUGUGGUAUAGUCGGUUGUUAGGUGCACGGAUCCGCCGGAUCUAUUGUUCCCUACGCAUACGCCCAACGCCGUACUAGGUUGCUCCCAUACCACGUAGUGCUGCUCCGAUCUCAUGAUCCAUGAUCCGCUUUAAUUAUUUUGAUUUUUUCGGCCCGCGGAGGUCGCUUGAGAACAGUGCCGCAGGACAGGGUGCGUGUCGGGCAGUUGCCCCCAAAGCCUCGUUUUCUCUCUUUAGGUGCGGUGCUGUUGACGGAGUGGUGGUCGGGAAAUUCACGUGGAACUUGUGCAGGGUACUCAGGUUCAGGACAGGAUUAUGUGU